GGGGGGAGGCCCGGGGCAGCGCCCCGACAAGGCCGUUCGUGGGGCGGGGGGGUCCGUGUCUUGUUCCCUUGGGGCUGUGCGGGAAGGACCGUUCCCUCCGUUCCCGAGGUUCCCUGCCGUGUCCCGGGGCGGGGGGCACGAGGGACCGGCUCCUCCGAGCCCCGGGGCCGCCCGGUCCCAGUCGCCGCGUCCCCCAGCAGCGCGGCCAUGGCGAACCACCUGCGCUUCGUGGGCCGCACGGUGAUGGUGCAGAACGGAAACGUGGAGGCGGCGUACGGCGUCCUGAACAGGAUCCUGGCUCAGGACGGCGUGGCCGAUGCCGUGCGGCGCUCCCGGUACUACGAGAAGCCGAGCCGGGCGCGGCGGCGGCGCGCGUUCGAGGCGUGCCGGCGGGUGUACUGCGCCGAGAUGGCGCGCAGGAUCGCCUUCCUGGCGCGGAGCAGCCGGCAGGACCCGUGGCUGGGCUGCUAAGGCGCGGCCAGCCCAAAUAAAACCCUCUCGCUCUGCUCCCCGUUAA